UUUCCCCUCUGCUCAACAUUUACUGUAAGCUCAGAGAGAGGGUUAGAGUGAGCGUGAUAAGGUGAUAGGACGAGUGUGAGUGAGAGAAAUUGCAAAGGUAAAGAGAGAUUUAUCUGAAAGUGAGAGACGAGCUGACUGUGACUGACUCAACAUUAUCUCAACAAACGCAUCACUUGAAAAGCCAUAGGAUACUGAAAAGACAGAGAUGAGGGCUGUGGCAGUCACCCUCUGGGCCGUGGCUGCGUUAUUGGGAGUCCAUCAGAGCACCCCCUCCUCCUCAGAAAUCCAUACUAUUAUUGUCAACCUCUCCUCCAAAAACAUAUCCGCUGUUCCCAGAAACCUACCUCCAUGCACCGAAGCCCUGGACCUCUCCCAGAACAACAUACACAAACUUGGCCAUGAGGAUUUCCAAGUCACAACUCACCUGAGAUUCCUCAACUUGUCUUGGAAUGUCUUGGAGGAUAUCGAUCCGGAGACGUUUCAUCCCACUCCGCUCCUGGAGAGUCUGGACCUCUCACACAACCAGCUCCAGAACUUAUCUGAUCAACGGUACUUGCUGUUAGCGCUGAACCUCAGAGACCUAGAUCUGACCUUUAAUAUGUUCCACACCAUGACCCUGGGGGUGGAGUUCCACAGCCUGACGAAGCUGGAGAGACUGGGGCUCGGAGCAAAAAUCAUCAGGGUGGAGGAUUUCAUCAACAUCACUGACGUACACCUGCAAACGUUGACCCUUCGUCUAGAGUAUCUCACAGCCUAUGAGAGUGGCAGCCUGAGUGACGUCCAGGCGGAGAAGGUCAGCAUCGGCCUGACGAACAAACCCACCGAUCGAAAUCUGAUCGCAGACGCCCUGUUGAUGUUCAACGAGGUUGAGCUGAUGGGUAUGAACUUCAACGGCUUGGUAGCCAGUUACCUGGUGGAACUUGUGAAGGAGAGAAGGGCAGUCAACACCACACAUCUUUACCUGACAAAUAUGGCCAUCACCUGGAAGCACCUCACAAACACCAUAAACGCUGUGUUCCAAUCCCCCAUCAUCCACCUGAGCACUUCAGACGUGGCCAUCCACAUUCCACCUGUGAGUGACACCCCAGGAAGAAACACGUCCCACACUAAAUCCUUCUCUGCCAGGCGAGCGGGGGUGGUUAGCUUUUUCUUCUCCCUGGAAGUCCUCUGUAACUUCUUCAUCAACAUGCCGGUGGAGCGUCUGGCGAUGACUGAGACAUCCAUCAUACACAUGACCUGCCCCAAGUUGCCCAGUGGGAUACUGCAGCUAGACUUCUCAGAUUGUGCCUUGGCUGAUACGGUCUUCUCCAGAGUAGAACAGCAAAUCACUGUAGAGUGUACAACCCUGAAUAAAGUAAACAUCCUGGUUCUGAGAGGGAACAACCUCAGGUCCCUUCAAACCCUGAGCAAGAGGGUCCAGAACAUGAUCUCUCUGCGUCACCUGGACCUCAGCCUCAACUCGUUGGUUUACAGCGGCCAGGAAUGCCACUGGCCACCGAACAUUGUCCACCUGAACCUAUCUUCCAAUGGGCUGAGUGAGUCGGUAUUUAGCUGCCUGCCGAAUGGCACUGUCAGCCUAGACCUCCAGAACAACCAGAUCUCCACUGUACCAGAGACCCUGCUGGCCCUGGACUCCCUCCUGGCCCUGGACCUGAGUGCCAACCGGCUGAGGGACCUCCCGGUGUGCGCUGGAUUCCCACACCUUAAGUAUCUCCUUCUCAGGGAAAACUCCCUCCAUGCCCCAUCUGUGAGAGUUCUGGAGACUUGCCCUGUUCUACAGGUUCUAGAUGCCAGCCGAAACCCCUUCACCUGUACGUGUGGCCUGAGGGGCUUCAGCGAUCUGGGUGCUGGGACUGGCCUCGGCAGCGGACACCCUGCAAUCCAACUUCUCCACUGGCCAGGAGCCUAUCACUGCAGCUAUCCCGAAGCCUGGAGGAACUCCACACUGGAGGGCUUCCAGAUCCCUGAGAUCUCCUGCAAUGUCGGCCUGCUGGCAACGGCCAUCGUGUGCCCGGCAGUGGCUGUUAUCAUUGUUAUGAUGACUCUGUGCCACCACCUGGACAUUCCAUGGUACCUGGGCAUGAUCUGGCAGUGGACCCGGGCAAAGCACCGUGCCAGGACCCAGCAGGUCCGACCCGAGGAACUAGAGGGGGUGGUGUUCCAUGCCUUUGUGUCCUACAGCCAGCAUGAUGCAGAUUGGGUCAAGGACCAGCUCUUGCCUAAUCUGGAAGGCUCCGGCGGGGGCCUCCACAUCUGCCGCCAUGAGAGGGACUUCGUCCCGGGGAAGACGAUCGUGGAGAACAUCAUCCAAUGCGUGGAGAGGAGCCGGCGCUGUGUGUUCGUCCUCUCUCGCCACUUCGUCCGGAGCGAGUGGUGCCACUAUGAGCUGUACUUUGCCAGCCACCAGCGGUUGACCCGAGGGUCUGACAGUGUGAUCCUGGUGCUCCUGGAGCCUCUGCCUCAGUACAUGAUCCCCUCCAAGUACUAUCAGCUAAAGGCCAUGAUGGGCAGACACACCUAUCUGGAGUGGCCCCAGGACAGGGGCAAGCACAGGCUGUUCUGGGCCAAUCUCAGGGCUGCACUGCAGGCUGACCUGCCCACUGCACCUGUACGAGACGACGUGGAUGAGUGAGAGGGAGAGAGAAAAUAAGACAAAUUGGGGUAGAAGAAUAUUGAUAUAUUUCUUUAAUGUUAUCUAGAAAUAUCAAAAAUAAUCUCACAUUUGUCAACUUUCCAACAAUCUCACAAUUGUUUAGAACGUUUUUUUUUCUAUACACUUCAUAAAAUGCUGCCGAUUGGAUCAUCUCUAAAUAAUCUGAGUAUCAAAGCCAAUGACAAAUUUUCAAACGUCGCUUUACACACGUGUGUUCUGGCUCUGGCCCAACCCAUUGGUUCUUGGGACCAAUCCAUUCCAGAAAUUGUGAAACCAGUCUCAUUGUGGAGAAGAAAAGUAUGUCUGUGGGCGUGCCAUAGCGUUUGGCCGGAGCAAAGAGUUUGGGUAGCCAGGCAACACAAAAUGAUCCAAAAAUGAAAAAUAAACUAAAAGUAUCAAGAAAACCAAUGACAGACAGAGAGCAAAUACCACAGACACAGUAGACCAAUCCCUGUUAAGUAUCCCCAAAAACAGAAUCUUUCCCAAGUACAGAACCUUCUCAUGUUAGCAAGAACAUCCUUUGAAAGUCAUUAUCUAAUUUUAAGGCAAGUAGUACAACAAGAGGGAAAAGUACAGAAGAUUUUACACUCAUGAAUAAUGUUAGCACCACAGAUAAACCCUAGAAAGAGGGAAACAAGUAAUUUAUCUCUUUCUAAUUAUUGUUAUUUGGUCAUAGAGGGGGUCAGGAGUUCAAUUGUCAGGUCUGAUGGAAGACGACGAUGCUCUUCUGGGCACACAAGCGGCACAGCGAACAGCGUUUCACUGUGGACAUUAGACCCAUGAGCCAAAUGUCAGAUGUCCAAGUGUCAAAGUUGAAGGGGUCAGAGGUCAGGGCAGGGACUGGAUGAUGAUGAUCUUCUCAUUGAUACAGAAGCGGUGGAGGACAGUGUGCAGGUUCUCCGUGCAGAGUGACACCUGUCUCUCCACGGCCAGACGGAAGUCCUCCUUCACCCCCUUAGUGAUGCCACACGUCACUGUACGGUGCCUACAUGGCAGAGGAACACAGACAAUGGGUGUGUAUGAGAAAGAAACGCUUUCUAACGUUUUCUUCACAUUAAUAAUUUUAUAAAUCAGACACUGUUUAUUUUUGUCCAAACCUCUAUAGCAACAGGUGAGAAAACACAAAUUUAUCAAUGAGAAAACACAAAUGUAUCAAUGAUAAAAAUAAAUAAAAAUUACACAACAUCAAGGAAACAACUUUUCCUCACAUACAGUCUUCAAAUUGAGUGAGAGUAUCAGGUAUCUACCAAGAAGGCAACAUUUUGACGGGAAGAUUCAACAACGUCAAAAACAAUAACACAUAGUCAAACAUGAAUGUUCACAAAUGCAAUGACAACUAGAGAUAACAUUUUUUAUUGAAAUAGACUUCAAAAACAUCAGUAACAACCACAUUAACGGAUGCAAUGGGUCAAACAUGAAAAUGUGAACAAAUAUGAAAUUUUCAUGAAAACAUGAAACAUAAAACACAACAAGGACUCGAUGAAAACGGCAGACAGUACAUUUAAAUGAGGUUUCGGGCUGAGGGAUGGAGAGAGUGUUUGGCGUAGGGGUGCUGGGCAGGGGUGCCUGUCGGUCGUCUGCACCCCAGGUAGCAGCAGGGUGUUUAAUGUGAUUUGAGAAGCUAUAAGAGAUAAGAGUUUUUUAAAUAACUUUGCACAGUGAGUAGUCAUCUCCCUGAGUGAGGUCAGAGAGUUUUAACCUGCCGGAACCGCCCCUUUCCUUCAAACUGUACAAAUGAUGGGUUAAGAAAUUAACAUACCAGACCAGAAAGACGUGCAGCUGCACGUUUAAAGUGGUUUGAACUUUGAAUCUCAACACGAGGUAGAGACGAUAAACUCCCUUCCUGGACAAUCACUAAUAUGGCUGAUUAGCUGUCCUAAGUAAAGUAUCUUCGAAAGUGAAUUUACGUAGGACCAUUCUGUCACUCUGCUCAAACCAUCGUAUUAUGCUAUUCUCAUCACCCCACUGGGGAACCAUCGACACGGCUGGCUAGUCUAUCUUCAAAGAAGCAUCUUCAAGAGUGAAUGGGAGGAAAGUCAACUCUGUAGUUCUGUUCAAGACUACACAACAAGUCACCGGGUACCGGACAACUACGGAGAAGGACAACAGUAGAAGACUUGUCGGAACCAUUUCGGACAAUCAGAGCCUUGCAAGCGUGCUGCCAAAAGGCCCAACUCCCUUUCCAAGGCUGCCUUGUUCACGAGAGAGAUCCCUGGCGAACCCAGGCAUUUCACGUAAAUACAUUAAUGAUUUCUAGACAUUCAUGCAAAGUAUAUGGUUACUGUAGGUGAGAGUUGUUUCUGAAUGUACCAAUGUUAAGUGUCUCUCUCCCUCGUACAUCUCUUCUUUAACAAGCAGCUAUGUUGCUGUCAUUCCGCUAGAGACCUGUUUUUAGCGUAUUAAGUCCCCAGUCAAUAACCGAUGCAAAGUGUGUAUGUUUAUCCUGUUUCCCAUUUAAUUAGCUAGUAAUAAAUAAUUAAACCAA